CGUACGGAUCUUUAUUUCCAUGGUACCGCUCAUGCACAUGUGUAAACAAGGCGACUUCUAGAAACAGUACCGCUUUAAACCUUAAAUCCCGCUGACAUUAAGCUGUCAUCACGAUUUAUACACGAUUAUAUAACAAUAAAAACUGCGUUUAAAGAUAUAAAAUAAAAUAUAAAAAUGGCGUCUUCGGCGAUGCAAAGUGACAGCGACGACGACAUGGACGAGUUCAUGGACAAAUUCAAGACCCAGAGAUAUAACAACGCCUUCAGUGAAAACAACUGGGAAGAGGAGUUCAAUAAAGUGCCCAUGUUCAUGAAAUCAGCUCCAGAGGAGAUUGAUCCGAAGAGUUACCCAGAGCUGUCCUGCCUUCAGUCCAUUAUCCACGACGAAGACCGGCCUCCAGAGGAGCAAGCGAGGAGCCUGAAAGACGAGGGAAAUGCAUUUUUCAAAGAGAAGAACUACCAAAAGGCCGUGCUGUCCUACACGGCAGGCUUGAAGAAGAAAUGUGGAGACCAGGAGCUCAACACUGUUCUUCUCACCAACCGAGCAGCUUCACACUUCUAUCUAGGUAACAUGCGAUCUGCACUGAAUGAUGCUGCAGCUGCGAAGAAGCUCAAGCCAGACCAUCUUAAAGCCCUGAUCAGAGGUGCUCAGUGUUGUAUACAGCUGCGAAACUUUUCAGAGGCGAUGCAGUGGUGUGACGAAGGCCUCAAGGUCCAUCCCACUGACAAGAAGCUGCUGGAGCUGAGAGCGACGGCAGACAAACACAAAAGAGCAGCGGAACGGGACGCCAGGAAAGCCAAGGCCAAAGAAAAAAAGCUGCAUGGUGAGAAGGAAGCUCUUCUUGCUGCGAUAAAGGAUCGAGGCAUCAAGCUUCAGCCUGUGAAUUCUCGUCAGCGUGGUUCAGACAGCGAGGAUGAGGACGAAGGCUCUCCCGCAGCGAUAGCACAGCUCAGCCUGGACGGCCUCAGCUCGAAGGAAGUCACCGGGGCUCAAGUCUUCCUGGACGAGCAGGGCGCCUUGCAGUGGCCUGUUCUCUUCCUCUACCCAGAACAUCAACAGAGCGAUUUCAUCUCAGCCUUCUGCGAGAACACCUGUUUCAUAGACCACCUGGCGGCCAUGUUUGAAGAACUUCCACCUUGGGACGCGGACAGAAAAUACCUCCCAAAAAAUCUGCAGCUAUACUUUGAAGAUGAGGAGACCGAGCAGCUCUACCAAGUUGACCCAGAGACAUCUCUUUUAAAAGCAUUGCAGCAUAAAAGGUUUUUUGUGAAGGCAGGCACUCCUAGUUUCAUCCUGUUGGUAAACGGCUCCUCGUUCUCGAAGCAGUUUUUAGUGGGAAAGAAAGUGCAUAAAUUAUAAAAAAAAAAAAAAUAAAUUACAACAACCAGAGCAACCAGCAGAAGUCGAUGCAUGAAGCGGACGCCAGUGUACGUGAAUAUAAAGCAUGAGAUUUCUUAAACUGAUUUACUUUGAAUUGUUUCUUUCUGUACAGAUGUAAAAACUGAUAAAAAAAAAACAGACAUAUUUCUUAUUUGUGGGUCUUAAUAGAUGAGUAAAUGAGUAGUCAAAAGUAUGAAUGCAGUUAAUGUCACCAGUGUAAGCAAACAUGGAGAGAAAUAAAAAAGACUGUAGAGCCUUGUUAUCUGA